AUGUCCCGAGGAGUGCCCGGGCCCGCGUCGGGGAACCGGCAUCACACCCUGACUUUCGGCGGUGGAACCCUCAGCUGGGAACAGCACGCGGAAUUCACGACCUACACCUGGGAUGGAAGCGCGAGACCGGACCAGCUGUUCGGGCAACUUGCUGCGACACAUCCGUUCGGCGCGGCCUUUCGCGCGCCUGGAGACCUUCUCGUUGCUGUACGCCUCGAAUUGCGUGAACCGGUCGAAAACGAAGAUUGGCGCAGCCAGUUUGACGAGAGCAGUCUGACGGUCUCGAACCUGGAAGACGGGGCAGCGACCGUGGUGACGGAUUUCCGUCAGGACGGAGACGGACUGACACGCAUGUUGUUGUUCAAUCGAUCCCUGAGCGGUGUGCAGUGCGGCGCUGUCGUGCAACGCCUUCUUGAAGUCGAAACCUAUCGGACGCUUGCCAUGCUGGGAUUGUUUGAGGCAACAGGUCUGCAACCGGAAAUCCGGCGUUUUGAGAUCGAGUUGGCGGAAAUGACCGGCCAGAUGAAGGAUGCCGCUGCGCUUGGAACCAACCAGGAGCUUCUUGACAAGCUGUCUGCCCUGGCGGCGGCGCUGGAAGCCGGGGCGACGGCGAGUGCCUUCCGUUUCGGUGCAAGCCGCGCCUAUGCCGAAAUCGUCAAGGCCAGACUUGAGACAUUGAGAGAAGAAGCCGCACCGGGCGAUUUGUCCCUGGCAUCGUUCCUGGCAAGACGCCUUGCACCUGCCAUGCGAACCUGCCAGGCAAUUGAAGACCGCCAGGCAAUGCUGUCACGCAAGCUUGCCCGCGCGACGACAUUGCUGCGCACGAGAGUUGACGUGGAACUGGAACAGCAGAACCGCAGCCUCCUGCAAUCAAUGAACCGCAGAGCCCGUCUGCAAUUGCGACUUCAGCAAACCGUCGAAGGUCUGUCAGUCGCUGCGGUUUCCUAUUAUGUGGUCGGUUUGAUUUCGUACCUGGCAAAGGCCGCCAAGGAUGCGGGGCUUCCGGUUCCGAGCGCGAAUAUCACGACAGGCCUGGCAGUGCCGUUGGUCGUUUUGCUCAUCUGGUGGGUCGUCAGGCGUAUCCGCAAGCAUCAUGGUGAACAUUGA